AUGCUGGCGGCAGCUGACUCUCACCAACCCGUCCAGGACUAUGAGUCCAAGAAGCUGCUCGUGUCGCUUCUCGAGACACCUGCCAGCUAUGAAAAGUGGUUCGAGCGGUACGCCUCGGGAGUUGUUUUCCGCAUUGGGUUCGGCAAGUGGAUAGAGACAUGCGAUGAGCCCGCUGUCAAGCGAAUUAUCCAAGUUGUCCAUAACCUAGAACGUGUCGCAUCACCUGGAGCCUAUUUGGUGGAUUCGAUGCCAGUCCUUAACAGCUUGCCGGAAGUGGUAGCCCCCUUCAAGAAAGAGGGACGAAGACUACACGAGGAAGAACUGAGUCUUUUUAGAGAGCUUCAGUCUGACGUGCGUCGCGGAUUGCAGAAGGGCUCUGGCGCCCAGUCAUUCACACGAACGUUCCUCGAGAACAAGGACAGCUAUCAGCUCUCGGAUGACGAGGGGGCGUACGUGAUCGGCACCUUGUUCGAGGCUGGAAGCGGCACCACGGCGGCGACCAUGAUGUCGUACUGUCUCGCCAUGUGUCAUUUCACAGAGUGGCAGAGGAAGAUACAGGGCGAGCUCGAUGAGCAAGUGCAUGCCCGACUUCGAGGAUCUGCCGAACCUUCCGACGGUGCGUGCUGUUAUCAAGGAGGUGCUGCGGGGGCGCCCUGUCACAGCAGGUGGGUUUCCUCACCAGCUGACCAAGGACGACGUGUACGAAGGGUUUAUCUUCAAGAAGGGGACGAUAUUACAUCCUAA